CCGGGGCUGGGGUUGCGGAUACCGCACCCUACAGACGCUAUGCUCGUGGCCAGAUGGCCAAACUGCGGGCGUACCCACGUUGGUGGACGUGCAGAUGGCACUGGAGGACAUGGGCGACAAGCCCCCUGGGUUUCGGGGCUCCCGCAGCUGGAUCGGUUGCGUAGAGGCCAGUCUCUGUCUCGACCACUUCAGAGGGCCCCAGGGGCGCCUAUGCCACGUUCCCCGUGGAGCUGGGCUUCGGGGGGAACUGGAGAGGCUUUAUUCCCACUUCACAGGAGGUGGGGGGCCUGUAAUGGUUGGGGGGGAUGUGGAUGCACGGUCCAAAGCCUUGCUGGGAGUCUGCCUGGGGCCAGGCAUUGAAGCCUACGUCCUAGUAUUGGACCCUCACUGCUGGGGUGCUCCGAAAAACCCCAGUGAACUACAGGCUGCUGGGUGGGUGGGCUGGCAGGAGGUGAACACAACUUUUGACCCCAACUCCUUCUACAACCUGUGUUGGACCAGCCGUAACUCUGAAAAAUAGCUGCCCGUCCAGAACUGAGGCAAAGUCCCUGGAACUGAGACUCUGGUCCCUCACACUCACCUACCUAUUCUCAAAAGGCAGAGGCUUAGACAAUGCCCAAUGUUAAGCCUCCAGGAAGCCCCAGUAGAGCCUGGGACCAUUGGCAUCAAUAAAAUGGCAAGGCCCAGCUU